GGAUUUCUAAAAAUCGAAUUUUCAAUUGUUAACAACCAAUGUUUUUGGACCCGACCCGGCCCGACCGGUUGAACCAGUUCAACCGGACCCGGAGCUGAAAACGGGCCGGUCGAAUACUUCAACCCGUUUAAGCAAAUGGCCCGUUGAAACCCGUUGAAACCCGUCAGACCCGUCCCGCUCGUUGAACUCGUGCGACCCGCUGCAACCGGCCGGGCUGAAAUUUUCAUCAUCUUCUCGUUCGCCGAUUGUCCGCCGAUCGUCCGUCGAUCAUCCGCCGACCGUCCGUCGAUCGUCUCUUCCACCGAUCUUCUCGUCCGCCGAUCUUCUUGUCCGCCGAUGGUGCACCGAUCUUCUCUUCCGCGAUCGUUCGUCGAUCUUCUCUACCGCCAAUCGUCCGUCGAUCUUCUUUUCCGCCGAGCGUCCGCCGAUCCUCUCCUCCGUCGUUGCACUUCUUCUCUUUCGUCGAUCAUCUUCAUCUCCCUCGUCUGUUCUGCUCAAAACGAUCUGUAUCGUUUUCGGGUGAAACCGUGAAGGUAAGGUAUAAAAGCAAAAUUCAAUA